AUGGAGAGGUCCUUGGAGUUGGCCAACAUGACCAGAGUCAAAGAGUUUAUCCUGUUGGGUUUGUCCACAAGGACAGACAUAAGGGAUGCCUUGUUUGCCGUCUUCCUGACCCUCUACCUGCUGACACUCCUGGAGAACACUGUCAUCGUAUACCUCAUCUGCAGUCACAGUGAGCUUCGCAAGCCCAUGUACUUCUUCCUGGGCAACCUGAGCUGUCUGGAGAUGUGCUACGUGUCAGUGACGAUGCCCAGCCUGCUCACGGGGCUGUGGACUGGACCCUACCACAUUUCAUUCACAGCCUGCAUGACCCAACUCUUCUUUUUCAUUGUACUAAUGGGCACUGAGUGUACCCUCCUGGCCUCCAUGGCCUAUGACCGCUAUGUAGCCAUCUGUCGCCCACUCCACUACCCGCUGCUCAUGCGGCCCCAAGUCUGCCUGGGCUUGGCCUUGUCCUCAUGGCUUGGUGGUCUUCUGGUCUCAGUGGCCAAGACCACAUGCAUUGCCAGCCUCUCCUAUUGUGGUCCCAAUGUGCUUAAUCACUUCUUCUGUGAUGUGUCUCCUCUGCUUAACCUGUCCUGCACACAUGUGGCCCUGACAGAGCUGGUGGACUUCAUCUCUGCCAUUGUCAUCUUCUGUGGGACACUGCUAGUAGCCUUGGCCUCAUACUCAGCCAUUGGGGUGGCCGUGUUCCGCAUGCCAUCAGCUGCAGUCCGUCGUAAAGCUUUCUCCACCUGUGCCUCCCACCUGGUCGUGGUGGGCAUUUUCUACUCAGCUGCCCUCUUCAUCUACUGCCGUCCCAGUCGUAUCAAGUCCAUGGACUUCAACAAGGUGUUGUCAGUCAUCUAUACGGUGGUCACGCCCAUAUGCAACCCAAUCAUCUACUGCCUGCGGAACAAGGAAGUCCAUGCAAUGCUGAAAAAGACUCUCCGCCUACCAUGA